CCUGAUUCAUCUUAGUCCCAAACAUAUCCAGCAGCAUGGAGUGUGAUUCAUCCAGUCUUAGUAAUAAUGUAUUUAAGUAAUUCUGCAGGGAUGACAGACUCUCCUCUGUCAUCCAUUCCUCUCUCUACUCCCCCUGCUCACUUACACAGAGAUCUCUGGUAAUUAGGUGAUGAAGGCUUUUAUGGCCCAGCAGUAGCCUAGCACUGAUUCAGCUGCAGGUAGCACACAGCUCCUCCUCAGCCAGUCUGUGACAGCUACCAGGCAAAACAGCCUUUCAGUGGGAUAGAAAUAGAAUGAAACCAAAAUGAAAGAUGGAAUAACUAAAUUCAUUUCAGGGCACUUGAAUGACUUUAUUCCUGGAGACGAAGUGGAGUGUGUUUGUUGGAAGUAAUCUGUUCUCCUCUGAGGCUGUGAGACAGAGCUCAGUCCCCAGUCAGUGCUGUGAUGACUGGUGUGCUGUCAGUGAGACAUGACCUCUAAUGAAGCGUUUGCUGAACUGACAGAUUCAGACACUCUGUUGUGGAUGCUGCCUCAUUAAACCAAAUGAUCGAGAAAAGAGGAGGUGAACGAAUGUAGGGAGGGGUUUAAAUCCUCAUUACUGAUGAUUUUCACAUCCACACACUGAGACAGAACAAAGUACAGCAUCUCCAUGUUAUGCAGGUAGUCUGAACUCUCUUCAUCAUUUGAAAAGUAAUUCUCUAAACUUUUACCUUUAUUUCUAUGUCCUGCUGUGAAUUACUUCCUUGUUGGAAACUGAAAGUAUAGUGUAUGUUGUCGAGGCAGAUUCUGUAAAUGAUCUAUUAUUAUGCCUGAACAGUUUGGAGCGUGGAGGGGAAGAGGUAUGUGGCUAGAAAAAAGCAGGGACUUUCAAGCAUUAACUUGGAGUUACAAAGUAACCUGUAGGGAGAGUUGUCAUAGAAACAGCUCAUUAUAAUGAAAAAUGAAAAGUAUAAAGACAGGGAUGGGGGCACAGACCUUCCAUUUUAACCACAACUAAAACUGUUACCUCACUUGUACAGUUGCAACAUACAGAAUGGAUACCUGAGAUGUAUGCCGCCACAACUAACUAGGGGAGUUAUUAUGUCACUAAGGGUGUCAUACCAAAGGGCUAUGCUAAUUUAUCAAGAAAGAAACAGUACAUCAAGAACCGUAGCAGCUGGUAGCGGAGCACUAAACACCACACACAGCCAAACGAAUGAGAGAACAUGAGCGGAGGACUCAAAACAAGUGAGGUGAGACAAGUUCUUCUGAUUUCAACACUGAAAGUAACUUAGACCGUCCGGAUUUCAUAAUAUUAACAAACCCAAAUUAGAGUGUGAUUGCUUGGCUCAUCAACAGACUUUCACUAAAAGCAUAGCAUAGCAUAGCAGUCUAACAGCCAUUCCAGAGGGCUAGUAGUGGACUAUGGGCUCUACAGGAUCCAGGUCCAGGCUGAGUCAGGUGGCCCCAUGUCACAGUCAGCCAGAGGGAGACCUGGACCAGCAGGCCAGUCAUCCCACCUCACAAUGGACCAUCUCUGCUGUGCCAACCCCACUGGGGCCACAACAUGGGCCCCUAGGACAUAGUAGGACUAUCCAGCUGCCCCCACUGAAGCUGGAAAACUCUGCAAGCUUCCCCCCACUAUCUACAGAAUCAUCAUAUGUAGCAAGCAGCCUCCCACAGAGUCAAAGCAACAUUUGGGGACCAAGCAUCAUUCAUUCUCAUCCACCACGAAGACUACAGGCAUUGCAACCGCUGGCCCCUCUUAGUGCAGGUCUCAAGGUUACUGCCAAUCACAUGGCCAUGGGCAUAGACUGGAGAGAUGGGGGUGUCCUCCACUUUUCUACCCCCAGCCAGGGUGCACACGAUGGCACCGGCCGCCAUCCGCAGGUGCAGAUAGAGAAUGGAGGACUCCUGGAGGCACAGAUGGUCCUCAGUCAACAGGCCCAGCGAAGAAGGAGAGCCCACCAGAGACGAGUCCGAGAGCAGCGGGUCCACGAGAGGACAAUCUACAUAGAUAAUGGUGAGACUGGAGACAUUUUGUUAAUCUGGCUGACACCAAACUCAAAGUCUUCCUGACUGCAGUGUCACAGCUCUCCCUCGCUGUGUACUACAUGGGUCGCAUCAGCCAGGCUAAAAAAAUGUACCACCAACUUGAACAUGUUCUAAGUGAUGCGUACAAUCCAUAGGGCUGCAGUACUUAAAUAGAUUGUGUACUUUGUCUUGCUCCCUUGGCCUCUGUAGUUGAAGCACCAAGCAGCAAAGGGAUACAGAGACUGCAUCUGCUAAACAGGCCAACCCAAAGGGACAUAUUUUGGGAUGAGAUGACAGGAGAGAGUCUCGACCUCAAGGAGAUCCUCCAACCAAGCCCCCUUCCCCUGGAGCAGGGAGAGAGACAGCAGUCCCAGCCUGGACCACCACAGUGCCUGUGUAGGGAUGAAGAGCUGAUCAACAGAGACUUGGCAUGGGGAGGCCUCAGGAGUCCUCACCGGAAAACCAAUUCUCUCACAGACAGAGUGGAAGGGGAGACAGAUGGUGGACUGACCAUGAGGAAAACCUUACCUUCGAUGCUGGACUGGAAGACAGAGAAACAAAGAGAUACAAUUCCCAAACACUUGAGCUCUUUCAGGGAUAGUGAGAGGGCUAGUAGGAGGCCUCUGAGAGGCUGGCAGAGAGAGGGCAUUAGAGGUCUAUGUCAUGGGGAGAGAGGGAUUUGGGAACCUGACCUGGAGUAGGAGCUGUUUGAGAGGUUUACUAAUCUGGAUUAGAUCGGAUCUUCAAUCUCAGUUUGCGAAAUGCUAAUGGUGUAUAGGUGAUCACUUCAUUUUGAAAAGCAGAAAUUGUAGCUCAUUUAUCUUUUAAACUGUUAGCAUUUUUACUGUAUGAUCACAUGGCAAACUAAAUAUUGGUUUGUCAUAACCAAAGUAUUUCAGAGAAUGUGUCCACCACCAGUGUUAAACUAUCACCUGAAUGUAUUCAUAGGAUUGCUUUAUUAAAAUAGCAGCUGUGGUUAAAGUCUAGGAUUGCUUCAUUAGAAUAGCAGAUGUGGUUAAAUAAAGUAAGUCUCAUUAUGGGAACAAAUCUGUUUUCCAUAACAAAUAAAUGUGUUUAUGAAAGU